AAGACCUAAACAUUAAAAAUGCGCUUUCUUGUUGUCGUUGGUCUUUUGGCCUUCUUGGCUGUUGGCCUAGUGGCUGCGCGUCCAACUGAGGAUGAGGAGUCCGCUGUUCAGGAAAAUACCAAUAUAGAUUCUCCCAACAACAAUGGUGAAGAAAACAAUGAUGAACCGAAACAGGAUUCUGCUAGUGAGGAAAACCAGGAGGAUCCCAAUAGUGGCGAUGAUGACGAGAUCAAUGAAGAUGACUUAGAAAUUGAUCCCAACACGGACGAUGAGGAAGAUAACAUCGGGUCGCAAACUGUCGAUGACAAUCAGUCAAAAAGCGACCAGAAGGAGAAUGAAGAUGACUUAGACACAGAUCCGAAAGGAGACGAUGAGGAAUAUAACAUCGAGUCGGACGACCAGGACGAGAAUGCUCCACCCAAGAAGCAAACUUGAACGUAUGUUCCCAGGAUCGGAGCCAAUGGACCAAGGCAUGCCCUUGACUAAGCCUUCUAUUCCACCGUUAUAAAAAUAUGUUUUCUAAAAAUAAAACAAGGAUAUUAAUAUUAAGUGUUGCAAAAA